ACGUACACUACUUGGUGCAUACCAGUUAUUAGUGCGAGUAGAUAUACAAGCGCCGCGACGCACCGCUGGUCGCAGAAAUUUCUUCUGAGGGUUGACCUCAACCAGCUAUCAUCUUGCCCUGCCCUGGAGCUUACUGUAUUUACUGGCACUACAUAUACGAGUUGUAUUGAUUGGACACGAGUCCACGCAGCCUAGCAGGGGAUCUCUGCAAUGUCGGUGACUUUGCACACAAACGUCGGGGACAUAAAAAUAGAGCUGUUCUGUGACCAGGCGCCACGGGCCUCUGAGAACUUCCUAGCCCUGUGCGCCAGCAACUACUACGAAAAUGUGCACUUCCACCGCAACAUCAAGGGCUUCAUGAUCCAAGGAGGCGACCCCACGGGCACGGGCAAAGGCGGCCGCUCCAUCUACCCCACCGCCAACGGCAAGUUCCCGGACGAGAUAAACGACUCGCUCAAACACAGCAAGCGCGGCAUUGUGUCAAUGGCUAACAGCGGGCCCAACACCAACGGGAGUCAGUUCUUCAUCACCUACAAGGCGCACGCGCACCUCAACGGGAAAUACACCAUCUUCGGACAGGUGAUUGACGGGCUGGAGGUGUUGGACCGAAUGGAGAAGGUGCCCACAGACGACAAGGACCGGCCAAAGACGGACAUAAAGAUCAACAAGGUCACCAUCCACGCCAACCCGAUUGCCGGGUAGCAGCAGCUCGGCGCAAUGGAGCAGCGGCAGUGGGGAGCCGGAGGUCAGAGGAGAGGAGGGUGGCUGUGGGUGCGCUGGCCAUGAUGCGCGAGCAAUGCUGGUGGGUGUGGGGAUGCAUAGGGGCGAAUGAAAGGCAGGAUGCUACGCGUAUGUGCCAAAAUUGGUUCUGCACACGCUACGGUCUACUGAUGGGGGGGCGGCGGGCGGCGGAGUGUCAAGGUGCCCGUGGAGGAGACGGUGCGCGAAGCCCGCUUUGACUGCGAGGGCGAGCGAACAUGGACUUGUCGGCGACAUGUAAGGACAUGAAGUG